AUGCCACGCCCACUUCUCGCAGGCUGCUCACAUUCCCGAGGCCUGAAUGAGGAGGAAGAGGAAAUCCAGCACUGUUACCAUCACCACCAUACGCCACCUGCUCCUGAUCACUUCAAGAACCUCAUCAGCUCUGGAGACAAUCAGCUGAAGGAUUUAGACAACCCAGCCACAUUUUUCUUGAAAGGGAUGCCUAAAAAUAAGAGCCACUGUACAGGGAGACAACACGAACCAAAAAACAGAAGUUACAGGAAAAAAAUGGCUAGGCCGACACUGGCCCUUGAAGAAGUAUCCCUGACUCCUGAACAACUUGGCUUGAGCUUGGAAUUUCAAGGGCCAUUGUACCAGGAAGCAGUAGUUGUUGAAAAUCUAUCGGAUGACGACGACGACUGGAGAGAAAGAUACCCACCGUCUGCCUAUGACAAAGUUCAUCUAUCCAGGAUGUCCAAUGUGGCCCCAUACAACCCCUAUAGUUACAACUCACCUAGUCAUGAAGGCAUCGAGGCUUUCUCUUCAUGGCCCUUCAGUGGAAAUGAGCCACGUGAUGGCUGUCCCACUCACACCAAGGUAGCUGAAAGUUACGCUCCCUGUGAAGAACCUAUCGAAAACGUGGAGUAUACUUCCUCACACCUGAGUUACGAUGAGCUGAAGGAAGAAAAUUCUAUGCUGAGGAGAAAGAUUAAAAGGAUCCAGAACUUCUCGGAAAGUCAGACACAGAUGGUGAGAAACCUUGAGAGGAAACUGCAAGCCACAGUCAAUAAAGAGGAAAAAGAAGCUCAGGAUUUGGAAGCUUUGGUGCAGCAGGCAGAACAUAGCCUCCAGUUCAUGACUCAAAGAGCUUUGAAGGCAGAGAACGAUCUUGAAAAGAUAAAACAGGAGAUGUGUUUCCUCCAGGCUGAGCUGUCGUGCUAUAAGAUGGAGAAUGAAAGUUUGAGAUCUGGCCAGUCCAGCAACAUGGGAGCCGUUAAACACCAUAUAGACGUUGCUUUGCAGAACCUCCUCAGGGUCACCAACCACGCACAUGCUACCAUCCAUCAGCUGGUCUUUGGGACUGAAACACUGACACUUGUUGCUGACCUCCUUAAAUCUGUAGGCAGAAUGUCCGAAAUUGAAACGGAAAACGAAUCAGAGAAACAAACGUAG